CUCUGUCCAAGACUCUGUCACAUCUCCCUACACACAAUUAAUCACACAGAUCUUGCGAAAAGUAAACUUUCCACUGCAAAAAUUAUUUCCAGCCAAUCUAUCUAGCUCAUUCUGUUUUGUCAAGAACAAUGGUGAAAUUAGCAACAGCAAGAGAAUGUAGAUUAUAUGGGAGUGGAUUAACAAGGAAUAGAUUUGAAUACAUAAAUGCUGGUUUAUAUGUAUUUGCAACAUUGAUAUUACUAUGUGGAUUUGUUGCUCAGUUAUCAUCAGUUAUAGCUAAAUCUGGAUUAGUGGUUUUACUUAUUGGUUUGGUGUUGAUACUGGUGGUGAAUAUACAUGAUUUGUUUGCACAUAUGGCUGGGAUUGAUUAUAGAUUACAGUAUUUAGGGUUUGAUACACAACUUGCUCUUGUGGAAUUUGCUGUUCCUAUUGUCCAGGCUUUGGGUUCUUUGGUUUUCUUCUUGGGUGUUCUUUUCUUCUUCAUUGAGGAAGAAAAGAGGCAUAGUUAUUCGAGAUUCGAAAAGCAUGCCUUGAGCUUGCUUAUUGCCGGUCCGGUUUUAUGGGUGGUUGGUUCAAUUCAUAAUUCAUGCCAAAUUUAUGAGAGAUCAGAUGGUCAUGUUCAAAUUAUGCAAGCGAGUGUAUAUGUCCCAUUCUUAAUGGGUAGCUUGUUGCUCGUGGUGGGCGCAAUUCUCAACAAGCAUAGCAUCGAUGGGGUUGGUUCAGUUCACUCCGGCUUGAGUUACCUACGAGAGAGUUGGAUUUGGUUGGGAAUAUUCGGUAGUCUAUUUUUGUUCGUUGGAGGAUUAACAAAUGUAGCCAAAGUGUUCAAGAUGCAACAAAUGGAAGGAGUCAGGCUAGAAAAGCUGCGUGGCGGGGCUCAAGAGAGACUCAACAGGGAUAGGGAAGGUCAGGUUCCUCUUAUACUAGAAGACCAAAGGAGAAGAAAGAUACAGACCGAAGAAGCGACGCAGCCACCGGUAGUCCAGACUUCGUACAAGGAUGCUCUCGUCAGUCGCUCUGAAGUAUAAGAUGGUACGGUUAUACUCAUCCCUGUGGUCCUACUUUUGGCUAAUGAGAGACGAAGCUGUUGAGGAUAAAAUAUUGCGGAUUUCUUUUUCCUCAAUGAAAGAUAGCAAGUUCUAGAAUUAAAACUGUCCAGGAGCAACAGGUAUCUGGUAACAAGUUAGAUAAACCACUUGUAUGUCUUCUACAUGAUACAAACUACUUUCUUGUCGUCAUCCAGGUUUCUCUACUCGAUAACAUUACAGUUGUUAACAUUUAUAUGUAUGCAGUUUAUCUAUUUUGUGGCAACAUAAUUCUUGUAGCUUAAUCUUGGAAUCAUGUA